CGAAUUAGUAAACGGGGGGGACUGUGGAAGUGAAAUAAUGCAUCUAUGUGCAAUUAAUUGUUUACUGUACAGAGUAAGUGUAUACAUUGUGACGGAUUUUUAACUGCUGCUUUUUAACGGGUGGCUUUGUACUGUAACCGCUUGGGUCCUUUUGGACGCGCCUCCUUUGUAAGAAUAUUAACUUCUUUGAAGCUUUGUCUUUGAUGGUCUCUGAAUUCGUUUUUUAAAGGGCUGAAUCAGUUACCAUUAUUUAUUAGACUAAAUGCACCCGAGCUGUGAAGUGAAGUGGCUUUGCUAGUUGCGAUUCUCUACACCAGUGAGUUGAUGCUUUAAACCUCUUUUAUUUUAUAAUUAUAUGAUUACUAUUGCAUACAUGUCCAAAGUUAUUGGAGGUGCUGCUGCGGGGGUGUGUGAGGGGGGCAACGACAGUAGUUACUUCCACAGGAGAGUGCGGUUGUCGUGGAUCUGCUUUGAGCAUCAGUCGUCACAUUGAAAGGGGCCCCGGAACCUGGACGAAAGAGCCCCCAAAAAUGUUUAGAUAAAGCGAACGGAGCCGAGAAACUGGAUUUAAAACGUUAAAGGGUGUCCGAAUGGAACUUAACAUAAGAAGAAUCAUACACGCUGGGUCUUUUUUUCCUUCUUUAAAUGGAUUACCAGAAGAAUAUUCGGACAUUCGGGUGGAUUGCUCCGUUCAUGAGCUUAAGGUAACAUCUCCACUAGUGUGAAACAGGAAGUGUAUGUGAGGAGCCAUGGGCCACAGAGCCACACUUUUGCUCAGUGAGCUGCUGCUGCUGCUGCUCACAGCCUCGCGCACUCUCCUCGCAGUCAGCUUCCCCGAGGACAUUGCACCCCUGGAUGUCGUUGACGCCCACUUUUCACGGAGGUACCCUGUGUUCAGAGGCAGGCCCUCUGGCAAUGAGUCACAGCAUCGCCUCGACUUUCAGCUGAUGACCAAGAUACAAGACACGCUCUUCAUCGCUGGCAGAGAUCAAGUCUACCUAGUAAGUUUGAGAGAAUCCUACAGGAAUGAGAUCAUCCCUUACCGGAAGCUGACAUGGCGAUCAGGCCAGGCAGACAGAGAGAUGUGUGCCGUUAAGGGAAAACACAGAGAUGAGUGCCAUAACUUCAUCAAAGUGCUGGUUCCCAGAAAUGACGAUCUGGUCUUCAUCUGUGGCACCAAUGGCUUUAACCCCAUGUGCAGAUACUACAGGCUGGAUAACCUCGAGUUGGAUGGUGAGGAGAUCAAUGGGCUGGCACGGUGCCCAUUUGACUCCAAGCAAACCAACGUUGCCCUUUUUGCAGAGGGGAAACUGUAUUCCGCCACGGUGGCUGACUUUCAGGCCAGUGAUUCUGUCAUUUAUCGCAGUAUGGGUGAUGGAUCCGCCUUGAGGACCAUCAAAUACGACUCCAAGUGGCUUAAAGAACCUCAUUUCCUGCACGCAGCCGAGUAUGGGAAUUAUGUGUACUUUUUCUACCGAGAAAUUGCAGUGGAACACAGCAAUCUAGGCAAGGUGGUCUACUCUCGAGUGGCCCGGAUCUGCAAAAAUGACAUUGGUGGGUCGCAGCGGGUUCUCGAGAAACAUUGGACAUCUUUUGUUAAGGCGAGACUGAACUGCUCCGUGCCGGGAGACUCCUUCUUCUACUUCGACGUACUUCAAUCGAUCACUGACAUCAUCAACAUCAAUGGCGUACCGUCCGUGGUGGGCGUAUUCACCACACAGAUGAACAGUAUUCCAGGGUCAGCAGUGUGUGCUUUUUCCAUGGCUGACAUCGAGAAAGUCUUCCAUGGUCGUUUUAAAGAGCAGAAGACUGCCGACUCCAUAUGGACGCCGUUUCCAGAGGAGAAGCUCCCCAAGCCUCGACCAGGGUGCUGUGCAGGUUACGGUCCAGCUGCAUCCUUUAAGAGCUCCAUUGAGUUCCCGGAUGAAACUCUGCAGUUCAUCAAGUCCCACCCUUUAAUGGACACAGCUGUGCCUUCCAUUGGGGAUGAACCCUGGUACACCAAGACACGUGUCAGGUACAGGCUGACUGCGUUGGCUGUGGACAACGAAGCGGGCCCGCACAAGAACUACACAGUGGUUUUCAUCGGUUCUGAAUCAGGAAUUGUCCUCAAGGUUUUGGCAAAGACCUCAGCCAUGUCCCUGAACGACAGUCUGCUUCUGGAGGAGAUAGACGUCUUCAACAAAGCCAAGUGCUUGUCUAACCACGACGAUGAUAAGCGCGUCCUGUCACUGCACGUCGACAAAGACGCACAUAGCCUGUACGUAGCCUUUUCAAGUUGCGUCAUCCGAAUUCCCCUGAGUCGCUGUGAAAGACAUUCUUCCUGCCACAAGUCUUGCAUUGCAUUACGUGAUCCCUAUUGUGGAUGGAGACCACAAGGAGCCUGUGAGAGGAUAGAGUCCGGUCUUUUGACGGGCUACGAGCAGGAUAUUGAAUUAGGAAACACUGGCCACCUGGGAGACUGUCAGGCAUUUUUGGGCACUACUUCAGCGCCAGAUUACAAAUCAUUUGGUGACCCUACCUCUGACAUGGAGUUUUCAUCAGCACCAGUCACUGUCCCGCCCAGUGGGCCCAUACCUCCCCCAGUACUCAUUCCCACUCAGAGCCCCAGCUCUGGGCCCCGUCCAGAGCUCUACGGCUCAGGCUUUGUGCUGCAGGAUGACCCAGCCACCUCUCAUUCUUUAGACUCUCUCCCAGGGGGGCAAGAGGGUGUGUGGGAUAUACAAGCAAGUGAAACCAGCCAGAUGGUCCACAUGAACAUCCUGAUCACCUGUGUGUUUGGUGCUUUUCUCAUGGGCGCCUUACUCGCCGGCCUGAUUGUCUUCUGCAAUCGGGAAUCAUUCAUGCGAAAGCAACGGCGUGUCCACAAGGAUGCGGAAUCUGCUCCAUCCUGCUCGGACUCUGCUGGAAGCUUCGUCAAGCUCAAUGGCCUCUUCGACAGUCCUGUAAAGGAGUACCAGACCAAUGUGGAUUCUCCUAAGCUGUAUACCAACCUGUUGAGUAAAGACUUGAAAACACCCAACGGUGACACCAAGACCAUGAUCCUGCGGGAAGGUUGUUCGCCCCCUGAGUUGGCUGCUCUGCCAACACCCGAGUCCACUCCAGUCCUUCAGCAGAAAGCCCUGCAGCCCAUCAAAAACCAGUGGGAGAGGGAUCACCGGAAGAUCAGUGGCCCCCGCAAGGAAUCCAAUUCGGCGGCCAAGAGUUCUCAGUUUCUCCUUCCUUCGCCUGGUCCUCCUAAAUCCAAUUCCCACCAUCCUCACCUGGCCCUGGGUCACUCCCACAUCCCCAGUGCCGUCGUCCUGCCCAAUGCCACACAUGACCACCCAUAUCUCGACAGUGGAGAUGAUACUCUGCCACAUUCUUCUGAGAAGAAGCUGAAGAAUCCGGAAACUAAAGGAAGCAGGAAAGACCAGAAGCGGUCGGUGGACGCGAGGAAUACACUAAACGACCUUUUAAAACAUCUCAAUGACUCUGUGGCCAACCCUAAGGCCAUACUUCACGAGGCAUCGGGGCCCCGCUCUCGACAACACCUCACACUGCAGCCCAUGGAGGAACUCACAGAACUACCCCCGAGGGUGCCAAGUCGCGAAGCCUCGUUAUACUCUCCUUCCUCCUCCCUGCCGAGGCAUAGCCCCACCAAGCGGGUGGACGUCCCCUUGUCCACCAGUCCCACCACGCCAACGGGCAGCCUGAGCAUGGGGGGAACCUUGGAGAGACCCAGAGGGGGCUACCAACUCCAAAGGAGUGCUUCUCAUAGGCACUCCUUGUCCACUUCAACCAACGGGGUGACUAUGGGGGUAUCUGUGUCUCGCCAGCACAGUAUGAACAGAGGGGGAUAUAUGCCCCCGACGCCCCCCUCUAGACUAGAUUCCCAUGUUGGAAUGAUGGGGGGCGGUAUGCACUCGCCCAACCCUCCCUCUUUAUCCCGGCAAAGCAGCUGCAGUGGGCAUGGCUCACUCCCUCAUACAGGACUUAAAAGGACCCCAUCCCUAAAGCCAGAUGUGCCCCCGAAACCCAAUGGCUUUUCACCACAGACUCCGCAGAUGCGAGUGGUCAAUAAGUACAGCUAUUAGAAGAGCACCAACACGAUGGCGUGAGCUCUCAGCCUUGACAGUUAUAGCUUUGAGCCCGGACGGCCCGGCUACGGAGUGGGUUGACCCCCAGUGUGUGUGUGUGUGUGUUUAUCAACCUGAGGUGUGUUCCCCUUUAAGUGAUAUGCACUCACACUUCAGUUAAAAGGGAAAAAAAACACGCGUGCGGCCAAAGAUAUUCCUCCGAUGUUUUUCAUUUUCUUGAUUUCCAUCCUGCUUGUCAUUCGGUGGACAUCGGUGCAUUGGUGUCACCCGUUUUCACAAGUUAGGCACACGGAUUAGGAUACCAGUGGCACCAGAGUGUCUGUCUGUGUGUGAGGUACCAGGUUGGAAACAGUGGAAUACUUGAAGAAUGGGUCUCAUUUUUCACUGCCUUUGAGCACUGUCUUCCCACUAAUGUGAACUCAACAGAGCUGUCAGCUGUGCUUUAUGCAAGGCAGCAGAGAAUAAACCUAAUAUUAGUAAUUGUUAGGUUCAAUGAAAACAACAACACCGGACAGCAAGCAUACACAAGAGUGUAAAUGAUGACGUGUGUUUUGGUCAUGUAUGUUUGCAUCUGUGUGGGCCGAUGGGAAUGAAGGCCGAACACGUGUUAAGCCUUCACACGUCGAGAACGGUGCCAUUAAGACGAUGCUCCUUAAAAACCAUCUAAGACCUAAGUCACUGUCUCGCCGAAAUGUGUUGCUUCGGUCUUCUCAGACCUAAUUUUAAACUAAGCCUCAACCAUAUUUUUUUUUUUUCAUUUUCAAGGUGAUACGGUUGAGCUACUUUUAAAAUGGUCACACUGGGUUGUCUACUCGAACAGGGACUCUUUACUCACUGGGAUAUCCUCAAUACAUUUGCUGCUAUUGGUUUUAGACCUAGCUGUGUGUGUUUGAUACAUAUAGUGCUGUACCAGAGUGGGAUGACCCUAAUAUGGGUAUGCACAUCUUUUGUUUUCAUUCAAAGAGUAGCUGAUAGGCACCAUUUGAAAAAACCAAACGCAUCGUCAAAGACUGAUCAAUUACCCGAAUCCUAACCUCAACUUGUUGGAAUCAUACUGCAGUUUUAUUUAUGUAGCAAGAAUGCAUAUUUCUCAUUCAACGGACUUCAUAACACAGAUGAGCCGUGUUGCGUUUGAAUUGGGGCAUUUUCUUCAAUAGUGAAACAAAACAUUUCUUUCUCCAACAACCACAAUGUUGGUGACAUUAUUAGACUGACCUUGAAAUAAUACAUGACUUUAAAAGCUCAUUUUACCUUCAGUGUUUGUUCCAAUGCCCGUGUUAUCAAUACAGCUUCCCUGUGAGUGGCCAAUGUACAAUCAACACAACAUUUACCAAUGUGUCCAGAUAAGUCAUGCUGGGAAUGACAAGUUUUUGUAUAUACAGUACUUAAAUCCUAUAAAUAAGGAAUAAGCAUAUUUUUAGGCAAGCGAACAUGAAUCUGUGCAUUUUGUGCCUUAUUCUCGUAAUUAUCGACCACAGUACAGUAUAUUAUUGGCAAUGUCAAUAGUUGUUAGUAUGUUAUUGUCAUUUACCAUCUAAAUCAUUUCAUAGGCCAAAACGUGUCGAAAAUGAACUACCUAGUCAUACCUGUCGGUCACAGUCCUUUUGUGACCGGGUCCUACGCAAACGUUUUAAAAGGAUGGGCAUUGUGGGUGUUGACGAUGUAUUAAUCCACCACACAGAGGUGCCAUGCAGAGAAUGUAUUUUUGACAGUGGGAUGUACGCUGUUCAGACCUUGCACUGUGGACCAGUCGGCUCAAUUCAGCACAUCCUGCCCGCGGCCAGUGUAUUAAAAAUGGUGGUCAAGCGAAAGCCGUUAACCAUUCGAAUCAAAUUCAAUUGAGUUUUUAUUGGUCAGCAGGGAUAACUUGAGGAAUGAUUUCAUUUCACAAUCUACAUGAGUGACACCUAACCUAAAUAUCAGCUGCCUCGUUAGCCCAAAGCCACAUUUUGUUUACAUGUAAUGAUUGUAUGUAAAGACUUCAUUCCUGCUUGUCAGCUAAGCAGUAUUUGGGCUCAGUCUUUUUUUUUUUUUUCGUUUUUUCACCUGCAACCUGACAUCCAUUCAACAUACACUGCUUAACUGCCUUGUACAUUGCAAUAUGAAUUCCUUCUUCAGUUGCAAUCUAAAUUGAAGCCUUUAAAAUUCAUUUUAAGCUCUUUUUAUGUGCAGAAAAAAACGGUUUUGGUCAUGCCAUUUAGAUUUAAAAUGCCAUGCAACAUGGCGAUGCAAAGCCAGGUGUAUAUAUUGGAUCUCCAGAGUAUUUGAGCGUGUAGAUAAUGUUUUGAAGAUGUACUGUGAAAGUGUAAAUAGUAAUGGUCUUUGUAUCAUAUUUUUUGUUGACUUUUUUUUUUUUUAACACGGCAUGUAUAGUUGAAAUAAAACAUUACUGCACAGAGAUAAAA